AUGAAGUUCUCUAGAAAAACAUCACUAUUAAGUGCACUAACCGUGCUUACUUCAUUAUCUACCACAGUUAAUGCCGAUUGUACUUUAUCCUCAGAUGGUAAUUAUUACUGUGCUCAAACUGAAGCUGUCAUUUAUUCCAAUGUCGGUUUCUCUGGCUCUUACCUAGAUGUUACAAACAUGGAUGAAUCUUCAUGUGCUUGUACUCAAGGUAGUUCCACUACUUUCUCUGGUUCUUUAGCUCCAUUAGAUGAAGAAGUUUCUAUCCAUUUCAGAGGUCCAUUGAAUUUGAAACAAUUUGGUGUUUACUACCCAUCCUCUGGUUCCUCUUUAAAGAAAAGAGACACUGAAGAACCUUGUGAAGAAGUUGUUUCCACUAAGGUUCAACAUAAACAUAGAAGAGAUGUAGCUGUCGAAUACGUCGAAGUUACUUCUACUGUCUGGGUUGACUCUAACGGUAACCCAGUUACUGGCUCUGCUACCGCAUCUGCCACUUCUUACACUCAAGUUAGUACCAUUGUUAGUAAAGCUGGUACUACUACAACCGGUGGUGCAGCUACUACUACUGCCUCUACUGCUUCAUCAGCUUCUACUUCUGUUGGCUCAGUCUCUUCCGGUGAUUGGGUUAGAGGUUCUUACUUCACUCCAGGUUCCACUACUAACUGUACCUUCAUGAACCACAUGGGUGGUUCUGCCGGCUCCGGUGUUUGGUCCUCUUGUUUCGGUAACUCCAUCUCUUAUGCUGCAGCUGAUGGUGUCUCCGGUGCUUCUUCUGCUUACGCUCUAGAUGAUAUUACUUUGAAAUCCGGUGAAGAAUAUAUGAUUUUCUCCGGUGAAGAAUGUUCUGGUGAUGAUUGUGGUUACUACCGUGAAAAUAUUCCAGCUUAUCACGGUUUCUCUGGUAAGGAUAAGAUUUUUGUCUUUGAAUUCCAAAUGCCUUCUGAUACUGAUGGUUCCGCUUACAACCAAGAUAUGCCAGCUAUUUGGUUACUAAAUGCUAAGAUUCCAAGAACUUUACAAUAUGGUAACGCCGAUUGUUCAUGUUGGGAAUCUGGUUGUGGUGAAAUGGAUUUAUUCGAAAUCUUAUCUGCUGGUUCCGAUAAAUUGAUCUCUCAUGUCCACGACGGUCAAGGUGGUGGUUCUCAAGAUUACUUCCAAAGACCUGUUUCUUCUACUUUGAAGGCUGCUGUUAUCUUCCACGGUGAAGACCAAACUAUUCACGUCGUUGAAGUCGAUGAUGAUUUCGGUUCUACUUUGAGUUCAUCCACUGUUACUGGCUGGUUAAACCAAGCUGGUUCUGCUGCUGCUCUACCAUAA